AUGAGCUCUUAUUUUGUCAACUCACUCUUCUCCAAAUACAAAACCGGGGACUCCUUGCGUCCCAAUUACUAUGACUGUGGGUUCGCUCAGGAUCUUGGGGGCAGACCCACGGUGGUGUACGGACCCAGCACGGGGGGCACCUUCCAGCAUCCGACCCAAAUCCAGGAGUUUUACCACGGAGCAUCCUCACUCUCCAGCUCCCCUUACCAACAGAAUCCCUGCGCCGUGGCGUGCCAUGGGGACCCCAGCAACUUCUAUGGCUACGACCCCUUGCAAAGGCAGAGCCUCUUCAGCGCCCAGGAGUCGGACUUGGUGCAGUACACGGACUGCAAGCUUGCUGCCAGCGGCCUUGGAGAGGAGGCGGAGAGCUCGGAGCAGAGCCCUUCUCCGACCCAGCUUUUCCCCUGGAUGCGACCGCAAGCCGCUGGACGGAGGAGGGGGAGGCAAACCUACAGCCGCUACCAGACGCUGGAACUGGAGAAGGAAUUUCUAUUUAAUCCCUACCUGACCCGCAAACGGAGGAUCGAGGUCUCGCAUGCCCUGGGAUUGACAGAAAGGCAGGUCAAAAUCUGGUUCCAGAACAGAAGGAUGAAAUGGAAAAAGGAAAACAACAAAGACAAGUUUCCCAGCAGCAAAUGCGAGCAGGAAGAACUGGAAAAACAGAAAAUGGAAAGAGCCCAGGAGGUGGACGAGGAAGGGGAAGCACAGAAGGUGGACAAGAAAUAA